AUGUCCCUCCAAGAAUACCCGCUGGUUCUUGAUUCGAGACUUCCAAAUCCUCAAACUCAAUGUCUCUUCUUCGACAAAUUGCCUCCAGAGAUCUGUCGGUUGAUAUUCCUGCAUGUAAUGAGUGAGUGGGGUUGGACAAAAAGGUUACAUAUCAUCCGUGAUUACGAGGAAGGCGAUUUCGGUGACGGCGACUUUGACAGUCCAGUGCCUGCAGCCAGGAAGAGAAGGCUGACAUAUGUGCCCUGCACCGCGAUUACUGAAUCCAAACCCGCGAUUUCGAUGACGAUGCGAUGGCCCACGCAGCAUAAUUCUUGUCGAGGAUGGAAGGCACUCGAUGACUUUCCUCCCGAGUUCCGAGGGCUAUAUCUAGCGUUGUCCUUGACUUGCCGACGGUUGUAA